CGUAAAGGCGACAUAUCGGCUUUUAUUGACUGGAAGAAGGAACCAGCAGUGAGUGACCACCAUACUACAUCCUGGAGACUGAGAGGCCAGACUCCGGCCUCAAUCGCCUUUAUACCGGGGUCUGUGGGAGGAGCCACAGGAGCAGUCAGCAGGGGGCGUGUCCAGACAGGCACAUAGUUCACCACAAAACCUUCCUCUCCUUCUCUGCAAAACUUCUUCUAGUUGCAGAACUUGUGAGAGUCAUUUAUCAAUACUCUGGAUUGAACUCAACGCACCCCUUUUUGGGCUACUGAAAGUUUAAACCAGCAACCGACUCACUGGUACUUUCAUUGACCGAUUCCAUCUUGACUUUAAUUGUGUCUUUCUGUGUGUCCUUGUAUAUUCAAAACAAGCUGCAGAGAAACCAUAACACUCUAUUCUCCAUCAAAUAACUCCACCUCUCUCACUCUAGAGCAGUUCAAACAGUAUCUAAAAUUCAGUCAUUCUCCCGGCAUUUUAAAGUGACAGUCCACAGAAAAAAUGAAUCCUAGGAGUAUAUAACAAGUCUCAACAAUAUCUUCUGAAUUAGGCCCAGAAACUCCAGCUAUUACUGCUCAUCCAUCAUCCCUGUUAGUGUGUCCUUUCAAUUAACUUUGGUCAGCUCCUCUUUCAUGCACCGGCAGUUUCCUUUAUUCAGAGGUAAUAUGUUUACAUCAGAUUUAGUUAAAGUUCAAGUGUAUUGUCAUUUCAAUUGUACACAUGUAUACUGCCAAAUGGAAUGACGUUCCUCUAGACCAAGGUGCAUAACACAGUAUGCAUGACUCACACCCAACACAGAAUAUUACCACAAAUAAAUUAACAAAUAAUAGGCGUUCAUUUACAUCACAAGUUAAACAGUAUAAUGUUACUGAUACUUCAUAUACGGUGUAACCUAGGUGGUGGCACUCACUCCUAGCUUCUCCUUCUCGAACUGCAGAACAAGUUCUAUCAUACUAUGAUCACUGCGUCCUAAGGGUUCUUUUGCCUUAAGCUCUCUAAUCAAAUUUGGCUCAUUACACAACAUCUAAUCUAGAACUGCCUUUUUCCUAGUGGGCUCGGCAACAAUACUCUAAAAAUCCUUGUCGUAGGCAUUCUGCAAAUUCCUUUUCUUGGGAUCUAACAUCAACCUGGUUUUCUCAAUUUGCCUUAAUACUGAAAUUCCCCAAGACCACUGUAACAUUAUCCCUUUCAAUCUCCCAUUGUAAUUCCUACCAUACAUCCUGGCUACCAGUUGAAGGUCUGGAUAUAACUCCUGUCAGGGUCUUUUUACCUUCACAGUUUCUCAGCUCCAUCAAUAAGGACUCUACAUUUCUGAUUCUAUGUCACUUCUUUCUUUGAUUUGAUUUUUCUUCAGAGCUACCCCACUCCCCUGCCCAACUAACUGCCUGUCUUUUCAAUAUAUGUUAUAAUUCGAUGCUUAACUAUUAGCUAUGAUCUUCUCUCAACUACAACUCAGUGAUACCCAGAUCCUAAGUGUAAAUUUCUAUUUGUACUACAAGAUUAUUUAUUUUAUUUUGUAUAAUGCAUGCAUUCAGUUAUCACACUGCCAGUCCUGUAUUCACCGUCCUUCUUUUUGAUUUUGCCUCCAUGUUCUCUGAAGUUAAAUUCUUAGCCUUUUUUUUUGUAUUAUUCUUUAUUAUGGAGACUUCAAUAAUCUUCCCUGACUUUCUCUUCACUUUUUUCAUACUUUUCCAAGCAGUUGUAUCAACCGGUCUACGAUUAAGUUUAAAGGCCCUAUCCACAGGCCCAGUUAUGUGAUUUGCCAGGACCCUAGUCCCAGCAUAAUUCAAGUGGAGCUCAUUCCAUCAGAACAGUCUGCUCCUUCUCCAAUACUGGUGCCAAUAUCAAACCCAGUUCUCUCACACCAAUCUUUGAUCACAGUCAUGGUUGAUCUAUCCCAUUUUCCUGCAUUACCAUAGUGUAAUAAAGCACAGAUAUGGUUUCUCUGGGUCAGCUCAUCCAUGCUGAAUGAGCUUCAUUUGCCUGUGUUUGGCCAUACUCCUCUAAACUGUUCCAAUUCAUCUACUUGUCCAAAUGUUAUUGCACCUGCCUAAACCAGCUUCUCUGAUGGCACCAUCCUCUGUGUGAAGAAGUUGCUGCUCAGAUUCCUUUUAAAUUGUUUCCUUCUCAUCUUAAACCUCCAGCCUCUACUUUUUGCUUCCACUUUCCUGGGAAAAAAAGACUAUAUACAUUCACCCUUUCUAUGGCCCUCAUUAUUUCAAUACACCGCUAUAAUUUCACAUUUCAGUCUUGCUGCUCAAAGGAAUACAGUCCUAGCUUGCCUACCCUCUCCCUAUGACCCAAGCCUUUCAGUCCCAGCAAUAUUUUUUGAGAUAGAUGGCACCCGCAUACAAUGCUCCCUCGGUUGUCAUCUGCUGGAUAGACCAUGAAACUGUUUAUUUCACUUCUUUUACAUCUAUCUUUUUCAUCUUAAAUCUGUUUCCGGAACUGUUAGAGCCCGUGAUUUACAGUUCGGAGAUCGAUAGUGUGGCUAAUCGAGAAAAUUCCAGGAAGCGGGCACGGGUCUCAAAGCGAAGAAACUACGAGACUGGCUGUGCUCGGAGGGUAGGUUUCUGUGAUCAAGCGGUGUCUCUCUCUUUCAAUGAUGUCUGAGGAUGUUACCAACGUUCUGCAUUAAUGGAUUUGGACUAUUAUGGUUUUUAUAUUGUGUUGUCACCCUUUCUUUCUCGUUGAUUUGGUUGGGGGGAGUGGGGUUUGGGGUUUGAUGUUCUUGUUGCAAUUUUGUUAGUUUUUUGUGUGGGGUGGGGGGAUUUGAAGGUCUAUAUAGUUGUUGCAUUUUGUGUGGGGAAGAAGGAUUUGGGGGCCAGUGUUCUUGCUGAGUUUCGUGCAGGGCAGGGGAAGGGGGUUGAGGGGUGUGUUGAUUGUGUUGCCUUUUUUUGUGUGGUGGCUGGGCUUCUCUUUGUACCGAUUGAUUCCAUGGUUUCCUGUUUCGUGGCUAUCUGGAGAAGAAUCUCAAAGUUGUAUACUGUAUACACUGAUAAUAAAUUAAGCUUUGAGUCUUUUAAAAAAAAGUUGCAAGUUUUUGCACUCUCAUUCUGAGACUGUAAUACUUGUUUCUAGACAGUAAAGGGAAACGUCCUCUUUUCAUUCAGCCUACCUGUUUGCAAAUUUCAAUCAGAUCUGUUAAAGUUAUACACUCCAGAGAUUGACAGAUCCUCGUCCAGCAGCGUCACGUCAAGAAAACCCUAGAACCAGUUUAGUUGCUAUCCACUGCACUCCCUCUGCCAUGCAAAUCCGUUUUCAGCUAAGACCACAAGAAAACCGUACACAGUAGCUCAAGUGCACUCUCGCGAACGCAAAACGACUGGGGUGAAAACUAGAUGCUCUCAUAACCCCAAGUCCCUAAAUAAAAUUUUACCGCUGCAUUUGCCUGCGGUAGGUAGCUUCCCGUAUCGUUAGUGACCUCAAGAGGGCAGAAACGUUGAAUACUGUAAAUGUAAACAAUUCGAUUUUUUUUUAAAAAAAAAGCAGAGGAUGAAGAAACAAAGGAGGCGGUGCGGAGGGUUAACAUUCAUCCUUAACUAUGAUAAACGAGUAAACCCCAGACUCAGGGUAGCAUUUAGGCCACAGGAGGUUUCACUUCUCAGCCCGCAGAUGACGGCUUUAUUACUCACAAACGCCGGUUGAGGGUGAGGCGAGGGCGCGGCGACUACCACACGGAGAGAUCUUGAGUUUACCCGAGGUUUACAAGGAACCGGAUACUUUUACUGUAGAUGACAUCCAUUUGAAAUGGCACCCUUUAAACUGAAAUUAUUUAGCUUACUGUACUUUGUACAGGGAAUGCCCUAUGGAUUACAGUCCAGCUUACUUCCAAUCUACCUGCGAACAUCUGGACUCACAUUCACGAAAAUUAGCUUGACCAAGUUGUUGUAUUUUCCAUGGUUGCUGAAGAUACUAUGGGCUCCAUUUGUGGAUCAAUAUGGAACGAAACGGAAAUGGCUGUUGUGCAGCAUGUUUGGACUAUUUCUAUGCUGCUUAGUAAUGUCUAGACUGACUCCAGCUAUGGACUUCCCAGAAAUGGCUUUCAUCUUGCUCGUGAUGAAUUUCUUUGCUUCAGUUCAAGAUAUUGCUGUAGAUUCCAUUGCAGUUCAUUUGCUUAGCAGUGAGGAUGUUGGCUAUGGCAAUACCAUCCAAGUUGUGGCUUAUAAAAUGGGCUCUCUUCUUGCAGGAGCAGGGCUUUUGACGGUGAUGGACUAUAUUAGCUGGAAUAUGAUUUUCGUAGUAUUCUGUUUUGCCUAUGUUAUAGCUAUGAUUAUUUCCUAUUUCACACCUGAACUAGAAGAUACUUCUGAAGCAAAAAACGGAUUACUUGUGCUGAAACCCUGCAAACUAUUGGGAGAGGUCCUGAAAGUGCCUGGAACAGUUUGGAGUCUAAUUUAUGUCAUCAUCUACAAAUUAGGAGAACAGGGUUCUGUGAGCAUGUUUCCAAUGUUUUUAUUGGAGCAUGGUUUCUCUUCGACUGAGCUGGGCUUCUGGAAUGGGAUAGUUGCAAUGGGAUUCUCUAUUUUUGGAUCGUGCACUGGCGGCAUACUUAUGCCUAAGUAUAAUGUGCAUUCACUUAUAAUGAUUCUAUUUGUGAUGCGCCUUGGGAAUUUGAGUUUGCAGACAUUACUAUUACUUUGGUUUUACUAUGAAUCCUUCAUAAUGAAAGGUGCAGCUGUGCUAAGUAUUAUUUUACAGCAUUUUCUCAGUGGAUUGAUAACAACGUUGACAUUUAGUAUCAUGAUGCUAUGCACUCAGAAAGCUGACAAAAGAAUACAGGCAACCCAUUACACAUUUCUGGCAAGUUUUGAAGUCUUGGGAAAACUCACUUUCAGUGCUGUAGCUGGUAUACUUGUGGACUGGAUUGGUUUUCCUUCUAGUUUUUGUAUCUUUCUGUUGCUGUCAUUUUUAGCCUUACUGCAUGUGCUUAAUCCAACUGAAAUGUUAUCCAAGCAAAGUAAACAAUAAUUUAUGUGUGGUUUACAAUACAACAGAAACUUAAGAGCUCUAUGAGUUGUCUCCCAAUGCAAGUUUAACGUGGUCUUAAGGAAAACAUAUCACUUAGAACUCAGUGGGAAAAUUUCUAAUCACCUGGCAGCAGUGAGAACAAACUGGGUGGCAGAUAAAAUAGCAGUGCAAAAUCUCCCAAUUUUUCCAUAAUCUAAACUAGAUCUCAAUUAUUUAGAGAACUGACCUACCACCUGGUUUUUACACUUACCUCAAUCAUUUAUGCAAAACAGAUUCUUAGUGACACUAAACCAAAUCUGAAGCUUCUCUUAAUCAAAGUGGUUUAGCUUCCUUUUCACCGACUCAGCUCAGCUGGUGAUACCCAGCAAAUCUAAUGCUUUUUCUGUUCUCAUCUCAAUCCUGCUCUUCCAAAAUCUCCCACCAGCAGCAGCCUCAGUGACAAAUUGUAGUCUCAUUGUUCAGAAAUGAAUUUGAAAAAUUAUUAAGCAAUCUGAACUUUCAAGAAACAUACAUUUCAAGUUGAGCCACAUGUAAAAUUGUUAUUUUGUACUAGGUGAUGUUGGACAGAAUAGGUGGAAAGCAUUUCAUUUUAACCAUAUAACAAUUACAGCACGGAAACAGGCCAUCUCGGCCCUUCUAUUCUGUGCCGAACUCUUACUCUCACCUAGUCCCACCGACCUGAACUCAGCCCAUAACCCUCCAUUCCUUUCCUGUCCAUAUACCUAUCCAUUUUUUAAAAAUGACAAUAUUGAACCUACCUCUACCACUUCUACUGGAAGCUCGUUCCACACAGCUACCACUCUCUGAGUAAAGAAGUUCCCCCUCGUGUUACCCCUAAACUUUUGCCCCUUAACUCUCAACUCAUGUCCUCUUGUUUGAAUCUCCCCUACUCUCAAUGGAAAAAGUCUAUCUACGUCCACUCUAUCUAUCCCCCUCAUAAUUUUAAAUACCUCUAUCAAGUCCCCCCUCAACCUUCUAUGCUCCAAAGAAUAAAGACCUAACUUGUUCAGCCUUUCUCUGUAACUUAGGUGCUGAGACCCAGGUAACAUUCUAGUAAAUCUCCUCUGUACUCUUUCUAUUUCCUGGCUAAAAAGCAAUAUGUUUCAGUAUUUAUUUUAUGCAAAGAAACAAAGGCUUGGUUAACCAUUUUCUGGACCCUGGAGUAGUGAGUGUGCUCAGCAGCACUCUGUGGGUUAAAGUGCCUCACUCUGGUUAAAUCAAGAAACAAAUCUGGUUGUAAAAUCUUCCUAGAAUUGAACAUCUGCUGGAGCUCAUUACUGUUAUGUGUAAAGUGUCCAGUAACACAUGAGUAACACCAAGAAACUGCUGUCCGGGAAUCAGACCAAUUGAGAAAAUAUGAACAUAUGCAGGAAGGUGUAAUAAAACAUUUUGCAUAAGUGUGACUGGAAGUUGAUAACUUCAUACUUGACCUCUUUAUCAUCUAUCUAAACUUGAAUUUUGAUUUCAAAUGAAGAUAGAUAUUUGUGAACAUAUUUUUAAAAUGUCAGUUUAAAUGUAAUGACAUCACAUGCCUUUUUCAUUUUAACCUGUUCUUUCACUAAAUGGUAUUAUUUCCAUAUAGCUGAAACUAGCCAAAUAAUUGCUGCUACACACCAUA